CUGUGAGGAUGCCUGAACCCGCAAAGUCCGCGCCCAAGAAGGGCUCCAAGAAAGCAGUGACCAAGACCGCCGGCAAGGGCGGCAAGAAGAAGAGAAAGACCAGGAGGGAGAGCUACGCCAUCUACGUGUACAAGGUCCUGAAGCAGGUCCACCCUGAUACCGGUAUCUCUUCAAAGGCCAUGAGUAUCAUGAACUCCUUCGUUAGCGACAUCUUUGAGCGCAUCGCCGGUGAGGCCUCCCGCCUGGCUCACUACAACAAACGCUCCACCAUCACCUCCAGGGAGAUUCAGACCGCCGUGCGUCUGCUGCUGCCAGGUGAGCUGGCCAAGCACGCCGUGUCUGAGGGAACCAAGGCUGUGACCAAGUACACCAGCUCCAAGUAAACAGCUCUGCUGCUCCAACAAAACAACGGCUCUUUUAAGAGCCACACACUUAAUCUGAAAAGGCAAAUUUCCAACAAUCUGGCUGUCACUAUCAUAUGUACGUUUUAGGUUAUUAAUGUUGAUGCGUUUGUUGCCGCUGCCGAAAGUUAAGCUGCGACCAAUUAUUUAAAUACAAUAUAGAGGUUUAGUGGAUAGACACCUGAGCCAAUUAAUUUAGAUUAAAAUUACUGAUAUCGAACCUUACGUACUGUAAAGGAAUGAAAAUAUAAAUGUAGUCAAGCGUAAAGCAUUUAUAUCUUUUAAUUAUGCAUAUAAUAAAUACUUCACGUCAACUCUGAGAAUGUAUAACAAUACAAUGUCAGCUAACAUUAAAACCGCUUUACGGUCUGUCCCUCACUUUUGGCAGCAGUUUCCAGAAAGAAUCUGUUCACUGACUAACGGUCCAGAC